AUGGCAGCAUCAACUACAACCGUCACAGAACCGCAAAAGACAGCAACGUCACAAUUAUCCAGCGUCCCUCUGCAUAGUGCACGAGGCCAAACAGAAGUGGUCAAUGACCUCAUCAAGAUCAUCGAGCUGGAGUUCAACAAAGGUAAUCGUACGGUCACCGAGGAAAAAUACGCUGCUUUCUUGAAGCUUCGGGACCUCCAGAAACCACAGCAGAGACAAGAAAAGCCCGGUCCGCCCACUUUGCCAACCCCACUUUAUCCCACCAUAUUCCAGAAAUUUCAGCCUCCGCAGAAAAGUCUCCAGAAAAAGGAAAACAGAGUCCCUCUCCGCCAAAAGAACCAGUCCUGGAGUUUCAAGUACAUCGAAACCACACUUAUUGCCGUGCUAGAAGCAAUUGCAAGUAUCCUUGACAACCUCCAUCUCCUCUCGAAAAUGCCGAUGUUCCCCAAGAGCCUCGUUCAUGUAUUGAACCACACAAACCGGAUCUGGGUGCUCAUCCUAGUGUUUUUGAUCCGAAAAACCAUCUCGCAACUUCUCAAUGUGCGUAGGAAAGAACGCAAAGUUGCCAGUGAGUUGGCAAUCUUGAAAAGCAAUGCCAACUCGAAAUUGUUGGAGCAAGGCUCAAGAAAUGAGGAGAGUAACAUUUUUCGCAGGUACGAAAAGGUGCUCAAGGACUUGAAGUUUGACAAGACAAUGUUGAAGAUCGAGCUUUUGGGAAACAUCCUUGACUUGGCCUUCAAUGUGAUUGAGUUGUAUGCCUUGCCUGUGCCAGCGUGGUUCAUGAGCAUCUUGAAUAUGGCCAGCAUAGCCAUGACUGUCUACAGAAUGAACAAGGACGAUGAAUACAUUGACGACGACGUCAGUGAGGAUUUGAUUUAG